CCAAUUUGGUUGUUGUAGAUUAGAUAAAGCAAGAUUAAAUGGUCAGUUGAUCAUUUUAGAGGCAAUUUUAGAGUCGCUUUCAGAGAUACUUUUGCUGGUGUUUUAGGUUGUUGCCUUUAAAGACAAUUUUCUGAAAAAAUUUAACCGUUCAUUUUGUGCCCAUUUUUCCUGGUUUUUUCAACUGUUUCCUUGAAAGAUGAACUAUUUUUUCAGAUCAAUCUGUUACUGGACUUGGUCCAGAGCUUUCCUCAUUUUAAUUACUCUGGUUGCUCUUGGAUUGUCCAUCUAUCAAUACCUUGAGUUUAACGUGUCCAUUGCUCCUUUACCCUUGGUCGGUUGUAUUGUCAACUCAAUCUUUAUCCUUGUCAUUCUUCUUGGAACACCUUGUUUGGUCAAAUUUUACACUGGUCUCUUUGUCCUCUACGCACUGGCUCUAAUUAUCCUGGUCACUUCAAGCCAAGCUUCAAUCAACUUGAUUGAUUUUCCCGUCUCAAGAGUCCACAACCAUUCAGACGAUGCUCUGACAAUAUCUGUUAAGGCACUUUUACUUGUUGGUCUGUCCUGGUUUCUAGUUGCUGGUCAAGUCAUUGGAUCAAUGUUGUACUUAAAAGACCUUAAAGAUUAUACUUCUGGUUUUACUUCAAGAUUGUUUCUAGAUGAUUCCUAUCUUAAACCUUCACUACAUGCAGCUUCAUUUUCUGGUUCACUUCGAGACAGCCCAUUGUAAAGUUGAAAAUAAACCAGAAAAAAAACCUAAACCCAAAUUUUAAAAUUUAAAAAUUGAACAUCAAAUUUCCAUGUAACCAAAUGAUCAGCUUUUUUACAUUAAAAUGUAAUGGAUUUGUCUCGCCAAAUUGCUGACCAGUUUUUAAUCAA